CACUGUGAGCUCCCUCCUCACGGCACAGCUCUAGGGUUUAUUUUCGAGCUCCACCGAAACCCCCCACAAUCGCCGUAGCCACCGAGGUUAAAGUGACGGCCGUCGUCGCUGUCCGCCUUGACCGAGCCUACUGCUUCGUCUUGGCCCUCAGUUUUGCUUCGAUAUUUUCUUUUCCUCUGUUUUUUCUUUGCUUGUAUCAGCGUAGGGGAAAAAGUUCAUAAGAAGUAAUGGGGAAACUCUCGAAGGCCGACAAGAAGAUCGCGUACGACGCGAAGCUGUGCAAGCUCCUGGACGAUUACAGCCAGAUCCUGAUCGUGGCCGCGGACAACGUCGGGUCGAACCAGCUCCAGAACAUCAGGAAGGGUUUGAGAGGCGACUCGAUCGUGCUCAUGGGGAAGAACACGAUGAUGAAGAGGUCCAUCAGGAUCCAUGCUGACAACACUGGUAACCAGGCCUUCCUCAACCUCAUCCCACUUCUCCAGGGCAAUGUGGGCUUGAUUUUCACCAAGGGUGACUUGAAGGAAGUCAGCGAGGAGGUUGCCAAGUACAAGGUUGGAGCUCCUGCUCGUGUGGGUUUGGUUGCUCCAAUUGAUGUCAUUGUCCCGCCUGGCAACACUGGGCUCGACCCUUCGCAGACUUCUUUCUUCCAGGUGCUCAACAUUCCGACCAAGAUUAACAAGGGUACUGUGGAAAUUAUCACCCCUGUUGAGCUUAUCAAGAAGGGUGACAAGGUCGGUUCAUCUGAGGCCGCGCUUCUUGCUAAGCUUGGGAUAAGACCCUUCUCAUAUGGUCUCGUCGUGCAAUGUGUUUACGACAACGGGUCAGUCUUCAGCCCUGAGGUGCUUGACCUUACCGAGGAUGACCUUUUGGAGAAGUUUGCUCUUGGUGUCUCUAUGGUCACAUCCUUGUCGCUUGCCAUCUCAUACCCAACUCUGGCUGCUGCACCUCACAUGUUCAUCAAUGCCUACAAGAAUGUUUUGGCUGUUGCUGUUGAGACCGAGUAUUCGUACCCACAUGCUGAUGAAGUGAAGGAGUUCCUCAAGGAUCCUAGCAAGUUUGCUGUCGCUGCGGCUCCGGUUGCUGCCGCCGCCUCUGGUGCAGCUGCUCCAGCUGCUGCUGCCAAGGAGGAAGAGAAGAAGGAAGAGCCUGCCGAGGAGUCUGAUGACGACAUGGGUUUCAGCUUGUUCGAUUAGUUUGUUUGCUAAGCAUGGUGCACCUUUAGCUACAUGAUAGGUGUUAUUGUUUUGUUUGUGUCGGAUAACCAGGAUUUCUUUGCCUCUAGUUGAUUUUGCCAGUUCGAAUA